CUGCUUGUGCUUGCGUUUUUGUUUCCAAGUUUUUGAAAAAGAGACGAAGAUUACAAAGAAACCGCAACGAUAAUUUAUUUUUGAAAAACUGACGACUGUACGAAUCAAUAAGUAAAAUUACAAAAAUGUGGUCGUCGUGUCUGUGAAGGGAAAUGUCUGUGUUAUUAGUUCCUGACUAGCAUUUAUCACAGUGGAAGCAUGGUGUAAGCAUGAUGAUAUUUGAGGCCAUAGGCCAACCAUCAUAACCACAAGAUAUGCAAGUAUUUUGCUUGUGCUGGUAAUGAUGUUUCAUCAGCAACAAUCCCAGUCUCACCGCUUUGAUAAACAGCAUCCCCUGUUAUGGGAGAAACUACCGAUGUCGGUCAAGUUCUUCCCUUUCUUUAAAUCUCAUCUGUCCUCGUGUACACCCAUGUAUUCACGAAGAACCCCUUUUUCCGAUCCCUCUCUUAGGAUUCGACUUCUCUGCGGAUGGAUGGAGCACUUGUCGAUGCCUGGUCACCGUAUCGCCCAGGCUUAAAGGUAGGACAAAUGUAUUUCUAUUCUUCCUUUUGAACUAUUUUGUGGCGUUGAUUAGAAAUCGUUACGGAGUACGAUUAUUCCAGCAGCUAGGCGGACGACUGCAACUCUUUUCUCUGCUUGGCAUUUUUUUAUCUACUCAGUUAGGGGUUCAUUGAAAUAUCUCAUUUGUUGAACGAAUGCAGAUCAGACUUGUUUGGUUUUGUGCCUCACAACUUUGUGGGUAAACAAUCAAAUUCGAAAAUAUUUGAAAACUUUAAACACUCCAAGCAAAUUGCAACUAGAAAACUUUAUUGACCAAGAGGGACCUCCGACAACGGCACCUCCUCGUUAUUAGACCUCAUUUUCAAUUUAAAUGGUUCUUUUCAAAACGGGAAUGUAUUAAAAUUAUGCCGUUCUCAUGUAACUGAAAAUCGGGUGUCAUCCAGGUUAUUUGUUGUUAUUAUUUUGUCAACGUUUCGAUAUUAUAGCCGCAGGAUCAUAUCGUCAGUGCACGAGUGCUAUCACUUAUCAUUUUCAUUUCUCCUAUCUUUUGUUUAUUUAAUAAGAGAAGCUUCAAAUAACAAAAAUAAACUAGCCAUCACAUUUUUUUUAUCUUAAAAAAAAAAGGUGCUUUAAACGAAUUUUACUGAAAUUUAAAAAAAAAUUUAUUUUCAUAAUACUUGAACGGCUUUUCUUAUUGGCUUUAUUUAUUUAUCUGUGCUCGAUUACAGAAGUAUCUCUCAAAGUUAUUAAAAUGUAAAAUUACCAACACAUUUUGCUUGUUGUUGCGCAGUUUGUGUUUUCCUUACGUAAUUCGAUUGAGUUGAAUAUUGAAAAGUCGAAGUGAGAAUUUGGGGUCAUGUUUACGCGCAUCCAGGCGAUUUGGGAAUCGAACUCGUCACGUGUAUUUAGGAUAAUCUGUGGAGAGCCUUAUCUUUUACACUUUAUUAUCGAUUUCAAGCGCGCAAGGUCAAAAGAAGGUGGACUAAAACGAAUUGAAGAUUGGUGUAUAACUGAAGCCUCCGUCAUCGCGAAUCAAAAUGUCUGGUACCAGCUGACUAUUCCUAUUUAAUUAUUUCAGGCUUAAUAAAUUUGCGGAAACGUCAGUUUGGAAAAUGUCUCGACAGACAAUUAUAGGACAGAACUUGUUGUUAUGCGGUUCUUACAAAUUCAACAAACAGUCGUCGCAGUCUGACAUGAAAACAAGCCAAACAAACAUGUACGUUUCCCCUGUCUGAUGCGGAUCACUGGGAUCAGUUGUUUUUUGACAGUUUGGAUGUUAUUCAAAUAGCAGCCGAUUGCUUAUCUCAUUUCGAACGCUGACUGGUUGGUGUCUGUGUAGAAUAUACAUAGACUGAUGUUAUCCUGCCUUCUGACGUACUGUAGGAAUAUAGACACCCUAAACCAUCCAAUUUUUAUUUGAUAUCGAUAAUAAUAAAAAAAUUAAUGAGCCAAAAGGCGCCAUUUUAUCAUCGGGAGUCUGGUAGGUAUAAUUUCAAGAUGUACUUUUAAUUUGCAAUACAAAUUUGUUUGAGGGUUUAUUUUUUCUUUGACACUGCAAAUUCGACUGGGAUUGGGCUGGGCCUUUUAAAAACAAAUUAUGUCAACGCAAUAAAAAAUGUAUUGAAUAAUUUAAAUUAGUGAAACCUGAAACAAUCAUACUGACUGUUUUGGCUUCUUAUUUUCAUCAAUUUAAUUUGACACGAAUUAAAAAAUAGCCAGCGCCCAGUGGUGCUGUUGUUGCUUUGAUAUCUAUCGCAAGUUAUUCUUAUUUGUUUUCAGCUUUGAUAAUCGGACCACGUCUGAUUGAUUGUUUAAUCAGCAGCCAACCUGAUAUAGACUGGAGUGUCUGGGCCCAACUUUUGACUAAAAAAUUUGUUGUUUAGAUCGGCGGGGGACCGUUGAGGGGUUUACCUAACCAAAAAUGGUUUGUAAAGAAAAAAUAAAAACCCAGUCCGAUUGCGUUUCGAUAAAUCCAAAGCCAUAAAGGCGACUGGUUGAGUCCAGGCCUUUGCAGUUUGCUUUUUCUUUCCAGGGCGUAGUCGUACCACCAAUAUGAGACGUCCGUUGUUGUUCGUCGCAGCUUUGUCGCUGGCCUCGUUUAUAUUGGUCGGUGUUUCUUGUCAAAUCACACCUCCAACGGAAUUACCAGAUCGGCCGGAAGCCAGAAAUGUGACUUGGACGGUCCCGGGCUACGGUGUUCUCAACGGCACGGGGGAAUCCUCCGUCUACACCAACCGGACGUUCUACGGCUUCCGCAGUGUCUACUACGCCGAGAUGCCCACCCCGGAAACGCGCUUUCUACCACCCGUACCGAAAAAACCUUAUCCGAUGGAUGAGAUCCAGCAAGCCGUUUUCAACAAUGCAGGUUGCACCCAACAUUUGCCUCUAGGGCAAGAGGACUGCCUUUCGCUCAGCAUUUACACCCCAUCUUUAACUACUGAUGAUACAAAUUCAACUGAGCUCCUACCCGUUAUCGUCUGGAUUCAUGGCGGCUCUUUUAGAUCGGGUCAAGCCGUCGAAUAUCUGCCCGGUAGAUUCAUGGAAGAAGACGUCGUCUUGGUCGUCAUCCAAUACCGUUUGGGCCCUCUAGGUUUCCUGUCCUUCGAUACCGACGAAGUGCCGGGCAAUGCCGGCAUUUUCGACCAGAUCGAAUCCCUUCGCUGGGUUCAGAAACACAUCAAAUAUUUCGGCGGCAACAAGGACCUGGUGACGAUCGCCGGAGAAAGUGCCGGCAGCGCCAGCGUGUCUAUUCUGUUGCUGGCCAAACAAGCUCAAGGUCUCUUUCAUCGUGCCAUCGGAGAGAGCGGUUCCGUCUUGGCCGAGUGGGCCGUCGAUCGUGACGGACGAGGGAAAAAAGCUUCCACCAGAGUGGCAGAAAUCGCCGGAUGUCCUCUCGAGCCUUACGAUGCCUUACUGAAUUGCGUUCGGACCCUAGACGCUCAAAACCUUACCGACGCCUACGGAGAAUUUCGCAAAGAAGAUCUGAAAAAUGGAGGCAUGGGAUUCGGCGCUUCAAAUCCCGUUAUUCAAAUAGCCGGAGCCCAACGGAUACUUGAAAUCGAGCCGAGACUGCAGUUUGAAUCUGGAGACUACUCGGUUGUUCCAGUCUUGUUUGGCGCUAAUAAACACGAAGGAGUCUUGGUGCUAGCCUACGCUUGGAAGGACUAUUUGGAACCGAACAACAUGACCGUCAAUGGAACAUUUUUGGAAGUCGACCUCGUUCCCAACAUUUUGAAGGCACUCCAUAUCCGCGAUGAUACUGGUGUCUUGGCCGAUGCCUUAGUCGACAAGUACCUGGCUGAUGCUGACAUGACGGAUUUUACUUCCAUGACUCCUGGCCUUACGGAUAUGUUGGGUGUUCUGUUUCUGAAAUCAGCCGGUUACGAAACAGUUCGUCUCAACUCUUUGCACAACCCUGAUUCUUAUUGGUACGCCUUCAACUACGAGGGAAGAAACAGUCUGUACAUUUACCUGUUUGCUGGCAACUAUCCACCCAUUCCUCAUGGAGUCUGUCACGCCGACGAAAUGAUUUACUUGUUCAUUUAUCCCUUCCCGUCUGACCCACCGUUUUUGGACGAACGAGAAAAAGAUUUGUCUUUGAAGAUGAUCCAAGUUUGGACGAAUUUCGCCAUUCACGGAAAUCCUACCCCUGAGGGCGUCAAGUUAUUACCCGGCCUUCCGAAAUUUUUACCAUACAGCCGGGAAAAUGAAGCCUACAUGGAUAUCGACUGUGUCUGGGAGUCGAAGAUUGAUUACACGAAAACGUACACUGUUGCUGCUGACGACGCUAGAAACGGAUACAUUCCCUGUCGAUGCACGGGAGAUGAUGCCGAUGUCUGCAUACGAUAAAAGCCUUGCAAUUAAACAC